GUGCGUCAAACGUUAAAUUAGGUCCCGGGAACAUUGGCGAAUCUUCCACCCGGCGUGGUACGCCCGACUAUCUCGCGUUGUUUACAAGCUGUAGCCAGUGUUGUGACCGCCACCCGGAUCUCACGUCUCAUAUCUCGUACCGUCAAAGUUGGACACGUCUUCUCUACACGCCGAUCAUCUGUUUGUAUAUUACAAACGCGACACAAAACAGUGAGGUGACUGAGUUCAGUUGAAUGGUGUUGUAACGGAAGUUUUUCUAACGGAACUUAAUACGAUGGGGAUUUCUUCGAACUGACAACUUUUACUCUCCCAAUUAUUCAAUCAUUUCUUCCAUCAUUUGUUUAUUAUUUCUUCCAUCAUUUCUUCUAUCAUUAGAAAACAACACGAUUGUGAUCAUUGUUCUAUCUAUUUCACAGCCAGUGUUAAAGGCACCGUGCAGGUGAAUUAUGUCCCCUGCCUUCCUUUAGGUGAGUACAGCACAUUUUUAUAGAUCCUGCCUUGCCAGGCCAAUGUGAUUCGAUUUUCAGAACGAGAACUUUCAUAGCUAAACUGCAAACCUCAUCAACCCAUUUGAUCUAUAAGAAGGUUGGGGAGCAGCAGGGUGCGUAACGUUGAAAGAGGGUGGUUGGUUGGUGUGGGGAGGGGGGGGGGGGCUACAACAAACAUCAAGGACUAUUCCAGAUGGACAAACUCCACGGACUCUAAAUCAAGGAUUACGAUAUCAAAAAAAAAAUUAUUUAACUGCAAACCUCAUCAACCCAUUUGAUCUAUAAGAAGGUUGGGGAGCAGCAGGGUGCGUAACGUUGAAAGAGGGUGGUUGGUUGGUGUGGGGAGGGGGGGGGGGCUACAACAAACAUCAAGGACUACUCCAGUUGGACAAACUCCAGGGAAUCUAAAUCAAGGAAUACGAUAUCAAAAAAAAAAUUAUUCAGACCAGAACCGUCAAGAGACUUAUGGAGGCCCCGCUGCCUUUACUCGGUUUUCUUCCAUCUGCAUUCAGAUAGUGAAAAUUUUGUCCAUAUCACAACUGCGGACCCCUGAAAUUUCCUAGCCCAUCCCCUGUAGCCGGAGGCUUUUCAGGGUCCCUGUGAUUGCUCUGAAUCAGACGAAUUUUCCUGAAAAGGCAUAGAACCACUGUGAUAUCAUAAAGUCUUUUGUCCCAUAAUACGACGCCCUUUAAGAAGAUUAACCUCUGUCGUGUAAUAUUGCUCAAUAGCCCAUAUUUAUGGCGCCCUAGGGCAGAGAAGUCCUGUGAUGUAGUUUUCUGCAAUAUCCCAUAUUUACGGUACCCUAAAGUACAGAACAGCGGUUGCAGACGACAUCCCAGAAAGUUCCCGGUUAAUAUUGUACCUGGACAUGUCCCAGCAAUCCCCUGCACUUACUGCACAAGAACAUUUCAUGCCAGAAUCGGUCUUAUAAGCCACCUGCACACAUAAAGUUCAGAAUUAGCACACAUGAUAUAUAUCUAUAUCUAUAUAUAUCUACAUAUUAUAUAUUACAGAACCGGUGUUAUGUCAUAUCGUCCAUCAUACAGCGCCAUUUAUCCCUUCUAGUCGUAUAUCGUGACGGGCACUAAGCAAAGUAUCCAAAGAAGAAUCCGUUAUUUUCUGUUUAUGAGUCUCUGCGUCCUGUGUUACAGUGGCCUUACGAUUACUACAUCAGUUAAAGAAGUUUGAGUGGGCCCAAUGGUGGUAGUAGCUCUAUGAUGGUGUAGCCCAUUGUGCUAAUAGUAUUAUCGUGGUAGUAGCCUUAUCGUGAUAGUAGGCUUAUCGUGGUAGUAGCCUUACCGUGGUAGUAACUUGUAACACAUCUACUCUGACAUGGCGUGGGAUCUUAUUUCUCAUGCUAUGGGUUAUGUCAGUAGUAUGGUUACUUAUGUUAAUACUUCAGGAUGCCCUGUGGGUUAUGUCAGUAGUAUGGUUACUUAUGUUAAUACUUCAGGAUGCCCUGUGGGUUAUGUCAGUAGUAUGGUUACUUAUGUUAAUACUUCAGGAUGCCGACUAAGUCUUCUUCAUUCUUUCACUUAUUAUCCAGGCACGUAAAGAAGAAUACUCAAUUCUGGUUAAAACUCACAGUACUUUAUUGAACACACUUUAUACUGAUAAUAUUAAUGAUAAUCCUUGCAUGAAUGUAAUUUCACAUAUAUAUAUAGUAUUAUUCCAUCAUUCAGAAAGACACGUCCUCACACUACUAUAACUCAGCUCAACUGUACUACUUCUCAACUCUAACUCUCAACUCUGACUAACUCUGACUCUCCUUGCGCUCAGCUCUCCUUAUCUCAGUCAACUCAUACUUUAUUACCAGCAAAGCGUGGAAAACAACCGCUCUGACAAAAACAUAAUUUUACUCUCCAAAAACGUGGAGUUCACAUUUGCAUCUCAAAAUACAAUCCAUUGAUUGUCUCUCCCCGUGGACAAAACAUGGUCAACACCAUUCACUGUUCACUCAUGCUACCUCUCUGUUUUCAUGUGAAAACAUUGUCCGUUGCAUAACUCUAUGAUGGUAGUAGCCUAUUGUUCUAGUAGCCUAUUGUUCUAGUAGCCUAUUGUUCUAGUAGCCUAUGGUGGUAGUAGUAAUAUCGUGGUAGUAGCCUUAUCGUGAUAGUAACUCUAUGAUGGUAGUAGCCUAUUGUGGUAGUAGCCUAUUGUGGUAGAAGUACUAUCGUGGUAGUAGCCUUAUCGUGAUAGUAGGCUUAUCGUGGUAGUAGCCUUACCGUGGUAGUAACUCUAUGAUGGUAGUAGCCUAUUGUGGUAGUAGCCUAUUGUGGUAGUAGUACUAUCGUGGUAGUAGCCUUAUUGUAUUAGUAGCCCUAUUGUGGUAGUAGCUCUAUGAUGAUAGUAGACAGAUUGUGGUAGUAGUCCUAUGAUGGAAGUAGUCAUAUCGUGGUAGUAGCUCUAUUGUGGUAGUAUUCCUAUUGUGGUAGUAGCCCUACGUGGUAGUAACUCUAUGAUGGUAGUAGUCCUAUUGGGCUAGUAGUCCUAUUGUGGUAGCGGCUCUAUCGAGGUUGUCACUCUUUGAUGGUAGUAGCCCUAGUUUUGUAGUAGCGCUUUGAUGGUAGUAGUCCUAUUUAGGUAAUAUUCAUAUGAUGGAUGUAGCCCUAUCGUGGUAGUAGCCCUAUCGUGGCAGUAGCCCUAUCGUGGCAGUAGCCCAACGUGGCAAUAUCCCUAUCGUGGCAGUAGUCCUAACGUGGCAGUAGCCCUGUCGUGACAGUAGCCCUAUCGUGGCAGUAGUCCUAACGUGGCAGUAGCCCUGUCGUGACAGUAGCCCUAUCAUGGCAGUAGCCCUGUCGUGACAGUAGCCCUAUCGUGGCAGUAGUCUUGUCGUGACAGUAGCCCUAACGUGGCAGUAGCCCUGUCGUGACAGUAGCCUUAUCGUGGCAGUAGCCCUGUCGUGACAGUAGCCCUAUCCUGGCAGUAGCCCUGUCGUUACAGUAGCCCUAUCAUGGAAGUAGCCCUGUUGUGACAGUAGCCCUAUCGUUCGUGGCAGUAGCCCUGUCGUGACAGUAGUCCUAUCGUGACAGUAGCCCUAUCAUGGCAGUAGCCCUGUCGUGACAGUAGCCCUAGCGUGGCAUUAUCAUGGAAGUAGCCCUGUUGUGACAGUAGCCCUAUCGUUCGUGGCAGUAGCCCUGUCGUGACAGUAGUCCUAUCGUGACAGUAGCCCUAUCAUGGCAGUAGCCCUGUCGUGACAGUAGCCCUAUCGUGGCAGUAGUCUUGUCGUGACAGUAGCCCUAACGUGGCAGUAGCCCUGUCGUGACAGUAGCCCUAUCGUGGCAGUAGCCCUGUCGUGAUAGUAGCCCUAUCGUGGCAGUAGCCAUGUCGUUACAGUAGCCCUAUCAUGGCAGUAGCCCUGUUGUGACAGUAGCCCUAUCUUGGCAGUAGCCCUGUCGUGACAGUAGUCCUGUCGUGACAGUAGUCCUAUCGUGACAGUAGCCCUAUCGACACAGGAGCCACGCCGUGACAGUAGUUUAAGCAGUUUUUUUUUUAGCCAUUUGCUGCUUGGGGCCAGACCCCGUCAAUAAUUUUAAAUAGAUACAUUACUAUUAAGGCCAAAAAAAAAGAAAUCAGUUUUAAAUCUGGUAUUUUUUAUAUCUGAUCUAGUUAAAAGAUAUAAUGUUUAGAGGUAAAGCUAUUUCACCAUGGGGAAACUCUAAGGAUUUCAGCCACUGUCCCCAUAGCCUUAAGUUAUACCUUUUGGUCUUCUUCUUGUCGCUAAUAAAUACGAAAUAACGUCUAGGUCUCUAUGUUAUACAUUGAUGUAAGAUUGGCGCUACAAAUGAUCUCUUCUCGUUAUAUACCCGUAUUUAAGACGGGGACCCGAUUGUGGGAUGAAGAUUAAUGAACGUCUUCUUACACUGACACAGUAAGACGAACACAUAUUAAGAUAAAUUAUGUAAGAUGUCGGACCCUGGUGUAGUUCUCAACUCAAGUGCUGCUGAAAUCGAAGGCAGUUUUUAAUAUGCACGGAACAGAAAGGUUUUGCUCCCAAGAGAUGUAUGACCCAAAGCCUUGAUGUCAUUGCCACAAUGAAGUGGUGUCAGGAGUCAAAUGAUGGAGCUGGGGAAAAGUGCCGCACGCUUUACAAGUUGACUGUGUUUCAUGUUAGCAUCUGAGAGUAGGUUUUAAAAUACAAGAGGAACCUUCAUUAUGUUAUUCUGUUGAAAUGCUUCACAUGUCUUGGCUGGGAUAGUGUUCACCUUAUACAGCUGUGUCCAAUAUCAAAAACAAAAUUGAAAGCCCAGCAACACUACUGUGUGGGCCGGUCAAGAAUUCCUCCCGCCAAAUGAAGUCAGUUCUUGGAACACAUCCUGUCAACAUUGACUACCUUCACGACAUAUACUAAAGAACAUUGACAACCUACACCAGACCUGUUUACCGUUACGCUUUCGCCUCAGCAACCACGUUUUUAAGCCUAUGGGGCACUACGAUGAGCCUAAAACAAACCACUACUACAGUUUCGCGUGAUUUUCGCAUGUUUGAUUUAAUUUUAAUUUUAAAAAAAUAAUUGGGUUGAUUUCAGUAUAUAGUUAUCGCGUUUUAAGUGUGAACACCAUAAGCUAUCGAAUACUUGCGAUAGGUUUUCCUGCCUGUCUAAAUCUCAAUAAACCAACCGUAAUAUUUUCUUUUAGAAUCACAGAAUUGCGUUGCCUAUGCCAAUGUGCUUGCCUCACAAACCCCCCCCCCCCCCCCCCCCCCAUUUUCCCGAAAAUUUACAAUACUACUCAUUGGAGUUUGAAACAACGCAUUUUCAGAGGUGAAAGCUACGUUGACACUAACCCAGGGAGGAACAGGUCUGCUACACCAUCACUAUUACAAUCAUUGACUCCCUACCUAAACAAGGUCGCUUUUAUACAUGGGCAAAGCAAACAGCUGCCAAAGACAUCUCUGUGUGCCACAAUGACAACAUCACUAUGUGCCACAAUAACAACAUCCCUGUGUACCACAAUGACAACAUCCCUGUGUACCACAAUGACAACAUCACUGUGUACCACAAUGACAACAUCCAUGUGUGCCACAAUGACAACAUCCAUGUAUGACACAAUGACAACAUCCCUGUAUGACACAAUGACAACAUCCUUGUGUGCAACAAUGACAACAUCUCUGUGUGCCACAAUGACAACAUCCCUGUGUGCCAAAAUGGCAACAUCCCUGUAUGCCACAAGGGCAACAUCCCUGUGAGCCACAAUGACAACAUCUCUGUGUGCCACAAUGACAACAUCCCUGUGUGCCACAAUGAAACAUCCCUGUGUGCCACAAUGACAAAAUCCCUGUGUGCCCCAAUGACGACAUCCCUGUUUGCCACAAUGACAACAUCCCUGUUUGCCACAAUGACAACAUUGACAACAUCUCUGUGUACUUCAGUAACACAAAUUCUGUGUGCCACAAUGACAACAUCCCUGUGUGCAAAAAUGGCAACAUCCCUGUGUGCCACAAUGACAACAUCUCUGCGUACCACAAUGACAACAUCUCUGUGUACCACAAUGACAACAUCUAUGUGUACCACAAUGACAACAUUUCUGUGUACCACAGUGACAACAUCUCUGUGUAUCACAAUGACAACAUCUCCGUGUACCACAAUGACAAAAUCUCUAUAUACCACGAUGACACCAUGUCUGUGUACUACAAGGACACAAUCUGUGUGUACCACAAUGACAACAUCUCUGUGUACCACAAUGGCAACAUCUCUGCUUGCCCAAAUGACACCAUCCUUGUGUGCCACAAUGACAGCAUACAUGUCAGUGUAUCGCAGUGACAACGUAGUUUAAGUCUGGUGACAAAAUGAGUCACUGAGCUGACCUAAUUGACAUUUCUAACGUUAGUCAGGGUUUGCUAGAAAAUGACCACACGAACCUAAAGGUAAAGGCCGGUAAAUGGCUCGUUGAAUGAGUUCCGACAUUAACUUAUAACACACCCCUCCCCCCACCCCAAUCCCUUUCUCUUCCAGACAAAUAGCGAACCAUUCUUCAUGGUAGAAAUUAAGUGAGUCGCACCGACUAAACAUAUUUUCAUUAAAUAGUCCUAUUAUAUCAUGCUAGUUUCAUUAAAUAGUCCUAUUAUAUCAUGAUAGUUUCAUUAAAUAGUCCUAUUAAUCAUGAUAUUUGCAUUAAAUUUAAAUAGUCCAAUUAUAUCAUGAUAGUUUCAUUAAAUAGUCCUAUUAUAUCAUGAUAGUUUCAUUAAAUAGUCCCAUUAAUUAUGAUAUUUGCAUUAAAUAGUCCUAUUAUAUCAUGAUAGUUUCAUUAAAUAGUCCUAUUAUAUCUCGAUAGUUUAUUUUAUAUCAUUGAUAUAUUUUUAAAAAAAAUGUAUUAACUCUCUCGAGGAUUGAUUUUUUUCUCUCAUUGUUAAGCAUGCCUGACUCAAAAUACCCCACUGUUAUAACUGACAGAAUAACAAGUUAUGUCUGACAAAAUGCAACAUAGUUAUACGGUAACUGAACGUGUCAUUGUUACGUAUCGUUUUAAGAUUUGGACUGUUUAAUCCGUAGUAAGAUUUGGACCGUUACAUGAACACUACGUAACGAAGGCCUGAAACCCGUAUACAAAGGCCAACUAUACCAACACUAGUGAUAUUAAACAUUUUCAUUUUAUUCAUACUAUUAAGUUGAUAUAAAAAAUUACAAAACCACAUAAACAGAAAUUAAAAUAACUACAUGAAAAACAACGCACGGAAAUUGUGAGCGACUGAGUUUCACGGUAAUUAUAAUACUUGAGGCAAUUUUGACCUCAAAUUAAUGUUUUUAAAAUUAAUUGAGUAAAGAUUUUUUCAAAGCUAGAAAAUUUUAGAUUUAAUAAAAAAAAAAGUGUUAUGUCACAAAUAUUUGACCCCCUUUCCACUGAGGGUGACAUAUUUUACGAUCGACCCCUUCCGUCCAUUAGCUGAUAAUCGUUUUUAAAAUAAACAUUUCAAGAGUCUGACAUAUACCGAUAACAAAAAGAUUUUCUGUGAAUUUUUUCCUUGUCAAUUUUUCCUUUGCUACUAUUACUCCCCAUUCCCCCUACCCGCCAAGAUAAAACAUCUAGCCUUACGUACGUUGCACAAUUACUAGUACCGACAGUUCUUGACCCCCGAAGCCCAGACACUGUUUCUCGCGCCUGGACAUACAUUCAAGCCACUGUUUAACUGUUUCCACGGGGAAGCGGAACUCAAAGGAAAGUCUUAGACCCCUUGAUUUUGUUCCCGUCUGAUGUCUUCUGAAGUUCCCUUAAGUUCCCUGGCAUAUUAUUUGGAACGUUGGGGCUGUGGGCGACACGAUGUAUUACAGAAAGUUUAUUUUUCUUGGGAGGUUGUAAUUAUUGUUGGUUGCUGAUUUAUGUUACAAGAUGAAGUACAUUUAGUGAACAUGACGCACGCCAGAGAAGUAGUUAAAAUUUGUGCCAACCGGGGCGCCCCUUGAUGUCGGCUCUAAUUUACGAAAAUGGUUCCACCAAAAAUUGUCCCCGGGUUGAACACACAAUCCCCACUUUUCCGUUGCGUAUUUGUCUCAUUGGUGAGCCGUUGAGCGCGAGCUCAUGACGCCCCCCCCCCGGCACUCCCCUCCCCCACACGGAUUAGACUCCAGGUUUCACCGCCCCAGACCGUGCGGGGACAUGCCGGGAACUUACCCCCUGGCCUGGGUGACGUCCGGUCGACCGAAUACGCUGCGAUAAAGCGUUCGCAGCCGACUCUCCCGUGGCUUGGGCGGGUUUGCUUCCACCCCGGAAGAAAGGUGUUGCGUUACCACCCCAACCGCCCAGGGAGUCUUUCGGUCGGGACAGAAAGCUGGGACGAAACGGUCGCCUAGGAGCGGCUUUCAUACGGCCGCGUGACUAAAAUCAUCGGCAUGGGUUUUAACCGCCACUUAAGCCUUAUAUCCACCAACGGCAACAUGUCAUCAUGUUGCUUUGUGAGUCAUGGGUUCAGCCGGCGUUUUUUGGUUCGGAAGAAAAGCAAAUCCCUACUAGUCAGCGACGCCACGAAGAGGCCAAACCCCAUGUGGCCGCUCCGAAGUUUCCUCAGAGGUGCUCCCCUUGCGCAGACGGUCAUUGCGUAUUCAUACUCUUGUGUCUAUAACAUACUUGUUAUUGUAGUUGUGGUAAAAGGUUGCUGACAUUCAUACUCUUGUGUCUAUAACAUACUUGUUAUUGUAGUUGUGUUAAAAGGUUGCUGACAUUCAUACUCUUGUGUCUAUAACAUACUUAUUAUUGUAGUUGUGGUAAAAGGUUGCUGACAUUCAUACUCUUGUGUCUAUAACAUACUUGUUAUUGUAGUUGUGGUAAAAGGUUGCUGACAUUCAUACUCUUGUGUCUAUAAUUUACGUGUUAUUGUAGUGUGGACAAAAGGUUGCUGACAUUCAUACUCUUGUGUCUAUAAUUUACGUGUUAUUGUAGUUGUGGUAAAAGAUUGCUGACAUUCAUACUCUUGUGUCUAUAAUUUACGUGUUAUUGUAGUGGUGGCGAAAGGUUGCUGACAUUCAUACUCUUGUGUCUAUAAUUUACGUGUUAUUGUAGUGGUGACAAAAGGUUGCUGACAUUCAUACUCUUGUGUCUAUAAUUUACGUGUUAUUGUAUUAGUGACAAAAGGUUGCUGACAUUCAUACUCUUGUGUCUAUAAUUUACGUGUUAUUGUAUUAGUGGUAAAAGGUUGCUGACAUUCAUACUCUAGUGUCUAUAAUUUAAAUGUUAUUGUAUUAGUGACAAAAGGUUGCUGACAUUCAUACUCUUGUGUCUAUAAUUUAAAUGUUAUUGUAUUAGUGACAAAAGGUUGCUGACAUUCAUACUCUUGUGUCUAUAAUUUACGUGUUAUUGUAUUAGUGACAAAAGGUUGCUGACAUUCAUACUCUUGUGUCUAUAAUUUACGUGUUAUUGUAUUAGUGGUAAAAGGUUGCUGACAUUCAUACUCUAGUGUCUAUAAUUUAAAUGUUAUUGUAUUAGUGACAAAAGGUUGCUGACAUUCAUACUCUUGUGUCUAUAAUUUACGUGUUAUUGUAUUAGUGACAAAAGGUUGCUGACAUUCAUACUCUUGUGUCUAUAAUUUACGUGUUAUUGUAUUAGUGACAAAAGGUUGCUGACAUUCAUACUCUUGUGUCUAUAAUUUACGUGUUAUUGUAUUAGUGGUAAAAGGUUGCUGAGAUUCAAACUCUAGUGUCUAUAAUUUAAAUGUUAUUGUAUUAGUGACAAAAGGUUGCUGACAUUCAUACUCUUGUGUCUAUAAUUUAUGUGUUAUUGUAGUUGUGGUAAAAGGUUGCUGACAUUCAUACUCUUGUGUCUAUAAUUUACGUUUUAUUGUAUUUGUGACAAAAGGUUGCUGACAUUCAUACUCUAGUGUCUAUAAUUUACGUGUUUUUGUAGUGGUGACAAAAGGUUGCUGACAUUCAUACUCUUGUGUCUAUAAUUUACGUGUUAUUGUAUUAGUGACAAAAGGUUGCUGACAUUCAUACUCUUGUGUCUAUAAUUUACGUGUUAUUGUAUUAGUGGUAAAAGGUUGCUGACAUUCAUACUCUAGUGUCUAUAAUUUAAAUGUUAUUGUAUUAGUGACAAAAGGUUGCUGACAUUCAUACUCUUGUGUCUAUAAUUUAAAUGUUAUUGUAUUAGUGACAAAAGGUUGCUGACAUUCAUACUCUUGUGUCUAUAAUUUACGUGUUAUUGUAUUAGUGACAAAAGGUUGCUGACAUUCAUACUCUUGUGUCUAUAAUUUACGUGUUAUUGUAUUAGUGGUAAAAGGUUGCUGACAUUCAUACUCUAGUGUCUAUAAUUUAAAUGUUAUUGUAUUAGUGACAAAAGGUUGCUGACAUUCAUACUCUUGUGUCUAUAAUUUACGUGUUAUUGUAUUAGUGACAAAAGGUUGCUGACAUUCAUACUCUUGUGUCUAUAAUUUACGUGUUAUUGUAGUGGUGACAAAAGGUUGCUGACAUUCAUACUCUUGUGUCUAUAAUUUACGUGUUUUUGUAGUUGUGGUAAAAGGUUGCUGACAUUCAUACUCUUGUGUCUAUAAUUUACGUGUUCUUGUAAUUGUGGUAAAAGGUUGCUGACAAUCAUACUCUUGUGUCUAUAAUUUACGUGUUAUUGUACCGGUGACAAAAGGUUGCUGACAUUCAUACUCUUGUGUCUAUAAUUUACGUGUUAUUGUAGUGGUGACAAAAGGUUGCUGACAUUCAUACUCUUGUGUCUAUAAUUUACUUGUUAUUGUAGUGGUGACAAAAGGUUGCUGACAUUCAUACUCUUGUGUCUAUAAUUUACGUGUUAUUGUAGUGGUGACAAAAGGUUGCUGACAUUCAUACUCUUGUGUCUAUAAUUUACAUUUUAUUGUAGUGAUGACAAAAGGUUGCUGACAUUCAUACUCUUGUGUCUAUAAUUUACGUGCUAUUGUAGUUGUGGUAAAAGGUUGCUGACAUUCAUACUCUUGUGUCUAUAAUUUACGUGUUAUUGUAGUUGUGGUAAAAGGUUGCUGACAUUCAUACUCUUGUGUCUAUAAUUUACGUGUUAUUGUAGUGGUGACAAAAGUUUGCUGAUAUUCAUACUCUUGUGUCUAUAAUUUACGUGUUCUUGUAGUUGUGGUAAAAGGUUGCUUAUAUUCAUACUCUUGUGUCUAUAAUUUACGUGUUAUUUAGUUGUGGUAAAAGGUUGCUGAUAUUCAUACUCUUGUGUCUAUAUUUUAAGUGUUAUUGUAUUAGUGACAAAAGGUUGCAGACAUUCAUACUAUUGUGUCUAUAAUUUACGUGUUAUUGUAUUAGUGACAAAAGGUUGCAGAUAUUCAUACUAUAGUGUCUAUAAUUUACGUGUUAUUGUAUUAGUGACAAAAGGUUGCAGAUAUUCAUACUAUUGUGUCUAUAAUUUACGUGUUCUUGUAAUUGUGGUAAAAGGUUGCUGACAAUCAUACUCUUGUGUCUAUAAUUUACGUGUUAUUGUACCGGUGACAAAAGGUUGCUGACAUUCAUACUCUUGUGUCUAUAAUUUACGUGUUAUUGUAGUGGUGACAAAAGGUUGCUGACAUUCAUACUCUUCUGUCUAUAAUUUACGUGUUAUUGUAAUGGUGACAAAAGGUUGCUGAUAAUCAUACUCUUGUGUCUAUAAUUUACGUGUUCUUGUAGUUGUGGUAAAAGGUUGCUUAUAUUCAUACUCUUGUGUCAAAAAUUUACGUGUUAUUUAGUUGUGGUAAAAGGUUGCUGAUAUUCAUACUCUUGUGUCUAUAAUUUAAGUGUUAUUGUAUUAGUGACAAAAGGUUGCAUACAUUCAUACUCUUGUGUCUAUAAUUUACGUGUUAUUGUAUUAGUGACAAAAGGUUGCUGACAUUCAUACUCUUGUGUCUAUAAUUUACGUGUUAUUGUAGUGGUGACAAAAGGUUUCAGAUAUUCAUACUAUUGUGUCUAUAAUUUACGUGUUAUUGUAUUAGUUACAAAAGGUUGCUGACAUUCAUACUCUUGUGUCUAUAAUUUACGUGUUAUUGUAGUUGUGGUAAAAGGUUGCUGACAUUCAUACUCUUGUGUCUAUAAUUUACGUGCUAUUGUAGUUGUGGUAAAAGGUUGCUGACAUUCAUACUCUUGUGUCUAUAAUUUACGUGCUAUUGUAGUUGUGGUAAAAGGUUGCUGACAUUCAUACUCUUGUGUCUAUAAUUUACGUGUUAUUGUAGUGGUGGCAAAAGGUUGCUGACAUUCAUACUCUUGUGUCUAUAAUUUACGUGUUAUUUUAGUGGUGGCAAAAGGUUGCUGACAUUCAUACUCUUGUGUCUAUAAUUUACGUGUUAUUGUAUUAGUGGUAAAAGGUUGCUGACAUUCAAACUCUUGUGUCUAUAAUUUAAAUGUUAUUGUAUUAGUGACAAAAGGUUGCUGACAUUCAUACUCUUGUGUCUAUAAUUUACGUGUUAUUGUAUUAGUGACAAAAGGUUGCUGACAUUCAUACUCUUGUGUCUAUAAUUUACGUGUUAUUGUAUUAGUGACAAAAGGUUGCUGACAUUCAUACUCUUGUGUCUAUAAUUUACGUGUUAUUGUAUUAGUGGUAAAAGGUUGCUGAGAUUCAAACUCUAGUGUCUAUAAUUUAAAUGUUAUUGUAUUAGUGACAAAAGGUUGCUGACAUUCAUACUCUUGUGUCUAUAAUUUAUGUGUUAUUGUAGUUGUGGUAAAAGGUUGCUGACAUUCAUACUCUUGUGUCUAUAAUUUACGUUUUAUUGUAUUUGUGACAAAAGGUUGCUGACAUUCAUACUCUAGUGUCUAUAAUUUACGUGUUUUUGUAGUGGUGACAAAAGGUUGCUGACAUUCAUACUCUUGUGUCUAUAAUUUACGUGUUAUUUUAUUAGUGACAAAAGGUUGCUGACAUUCAUUCUCUUGUGUCUAUAAAUUACGUGUUAUUUUAUUAGUGACAAAAGGUUUCUGACAUUCAUACUCUUGUGUCUAUAACAUACUUGUUAUUGUAGUGGUGACAAAAGGUGGCUGACAUUCAUACUCUUGUGUCUAUAAUUUACGUGUUAUUGUAGUGGUGACAAAAGGUUGCUGACAUUCAUACUCUUGUGUCUAUAAUUUACGUGUUAUUGUAUUAGUGACAAAAGGUUGCAUACAUUCAUACUAUUGUGUCUAUAAUUUACGUGUUAUUGUAUUAGUGACAAAAGGUUGCUGACAUUCAUACUCUUGUGUCUAUAAUUUACGUGUUAUUGUAGUGGUGACAAAAGGUUGCUGACAUUCAUACUCUAAUGUCUAUAAUUUACGUGUUAUUGUAGUGGUGACAAAAGUUUGCUGACAUUCAUACUCUUGUGUCUAUAAUUUACGUGUUAUUGUAGUGGUGACAAAAGGUUGCUGACAUUCAUACUCUUGUGUCUGUAAUUUACGUGUUAUUUUAUUAGUGACAAAAGGUUGCUGACAUUCAUUCUCUUGUGUCUAUAAUUUACGUGUUAUUGUAUUAGUGACAAAAGGUUGCUGACAUUCAUACUCUUGUGUCUAUAAUUUACGUGUUCUUGUAGUUGUGGUAAAAGGUUGCUGACAUUCAUACUCUUGUAUCUAUAAUUUACGUGUUCUUGUAAUUAUGGUAAAAGGUUGCUGACAUUCAUACUCUUGUGUCUAUAACAUACUUGUUAUUGUAGUGGUGACAAAAGGUUGCUGACAUUCAUACUCUUGUGUCUAUAAUGUAUGUGUUAUUGUAGUUGUGGUAAAAGGUGGCUGACAUUCAUACUCUUGUGUCUAUAAUUUACGUGUUAUUGUAUUUGUGACAAAAGGUUGCUGACAUUCAUACUCUAGUGUCUAUAAUUUACGUGUUAUUGUAGUGGUGACAAAAGGUUGCUGACAUUCAUACUCUUGUGUCUAUAAUUUACGUGUUAUUUUAUUAGUGACAAAAGUUUGCUGACAUUCAUACUCUUGUGUCUAUAAAUUACGUGUUAUUUUAUUAGUGACAAAAGGUUGCUGACAUUCAUACUCUUGUGUCUAUAAUUUACGUGUUCUUGUAGUUGUGGUAAAAGGUUGUUGACAUUCAUCAUCUUGUGUCUAUAAUUUACGUGUUAUUGUAGUGGUGACAAAAGGUUGCUGACAUUCAUACUCUUGUGUCUAUAAUUUACGUGUUCUUGUAGUUGUGAUAAAAGGUUGCUGACAUUCAUACUCUUGUGUCUAUAACAUACUUGUUAUUGUAGUGGUGACAAAAGGUGGCUGACAUUCAUACUCUUGUGUCUAUAAUUUACGUGUUAUUGUAGUGGUGACAAAAGGUUGCUGACAUUCAUACUCUUGUGUCUAUAAUUUCCGUGUUAUUGUAGUGGUGACAAAAGGUUGCUGACAUUCAUACUCUUGUGUCUAUAAUUUUCGUGUUCUUGUAGUUGUGGUAAAAGGUUGCUGACAUUCAUACUCUUGUGUCUAUAAUUUACGUGUUCUUGUAUUUGUGGUAAAAGGUUGCUGACAUUCAUACUCUUGUGUCUAUAAUUUACGUGUUCUUGUAGUUGUGGUAAAAGGUUGCUGACAUUCAUACUCUUGUGUCUAUAAUUUACGUGUUCUUGUAUUUGUGGUAAAAGGUUGCUGACAUUCAUACUCUUGUGUCUAUAAUUUACGUGUUCUACGUGUUCUUGUAUUUGUGGUAAAAGGUUGCUGACAUUCAUACUCUUGUGUCUAUAAUUUACGUGUUCUUGUAGUUGUGGUAAAAGGUUGCUGACAUUCAUACUCUUGUGUCUAUAAUUUACGUGUUCUUGUAGUUGUGACAAAAGGUUGCUGACAUUCAUACUCUUGUGUCUAUAAUUUACGUGUUCUUGUAGUUGUGGUAAAAGGUUGCUGACAUUCAUACUCUAGUGUCUAUAAUUUCCGUGUUAUUUUAGUGGUGACAAAAGGUUGCUGACAUUCAUACUCUAGUGUCUAUAAUUUCCGUGUUAUUUUAGUGGUGACAAAAGGUUGCUGACAUUCAUUCUCUUGUGUCUAUAAUUUACGUGUUAUUGUAGUGGUGGCAAAAGGUUGAUCCUUGAAUAUUUAGGCUGUAAUUAUAAUCAGACAUUUAUUUGAUUUAACAAUUAGCCCUACAUUAAAUUAAAUAUCUAUCUAUAAUAUGUGACCCUUCUGACCAAGCACCCACCACUUGCAUUUCUCUUGUUAAGCAUUACUGGCGUGUCACACUGUCAUCUUGUUCAUUCACGCCACUGGUUUUAACAACAUCCGCAACAGUCAGAGCCUGACAACAGCAAGCUGCUAAUGAUUCACUUUGACUCUCACACACCAGAUCCCUGAGCUGCAGCCGACACACCUAAUUAACCAACGACUUAUUAAUUACACACAACAAAUUGCCGCCCAACAAUGUCAACCACAAGAUGGCUGCCAGUGGUCUGUGUGCUUCUGAUUACCCUCUGCCCUUUCGGUAAGUUUAUAUUUGAGUGUUUUGUUUAAAAAAAUGUUUAAAUUAUAAAAAUGUUUUUCUUCUGAUAUCUUCCAGCAAAACUGGCUUUUGUUUGCCAUGAUCUAACAAGUUGACAGGAGUGGGUUUAAAGCUUGCAAAGCGAAGAAAUGGGGAAAAGUUUUUUAACAUGUUGCAUUAUAGGUAAUUUAAUUGGGAAAGCCAACAACAAUUAAUUUGCCAAAGAAAUGGAGGAAAUGUUUUUAUAGAAAGACUCGUUUUGACUUGUUUACUUCUCAGUUAUUCUAUUUCUAUUUUAUGAUUAUUGCGAAUGAUGUGCCUUAUUUUACGUACAAUAUGUUGAUUAACAUAUUCCAUUUAACAUUUGAUGCAACAUUUAAUGUAUUUUUAUGUUACGUUUUUUACGUAUUUUAUACGUGUAACAGAUUUUAUGUCACUUGUAUGUAAAAUAUUUUUUGUCAGGUAAAACUUAGUAUUAAUUUAUUUUUUUUUUUACAAUAAUUCAUUGUUACAACUAGAAAACUUUCUCUACUUCCCGAUGAAGCUGUUUUUUGACAAGGUUUUCAAAGUAUUUUGUUGUCCAACGAGCAAGUCUUCAGGGGCUUGUGCUGCAUGUGUCAAGUGCUUAGACUCAUUAGGCAUUGCAGUGUCGGUGCGCCUGUCAGUUUAGAAUAAAGUGAAGCUCAGCAGGGGCGUCUACAGGGGAGGGGGAAGGAAGCAACAGCUUCCAAUUAGAGUUUGGGUAAAAUAAAAUUCCUCCCUGCCAAUAAAAUAAAAAUUAUAAAAGAAAAUUAUAAUUUAAAAAAAAAAGUCCCUUUAAAUUCGUUCAGGUAACAAAAUUAAUAUGGGAAAAAUUUGCGAUUAAUUAAUAAUUUUUAUUAUAAUUUUUUUUAAUUGGGGGGGGCAUCACUUAAUCAAUCAACAAAACACAAAAACGAACAAAAAAGACAUAAGCCUUUAAAAUUUUUUUUUUUUUUUAAAAUUAUCACAGGAUUCGAUAAGUUACUCUUCUGAAUAAUGUGAAAUUGUUUUUAUCAAUACAUGUAUGGGUUUUUUUUCUGAAUGGUCAACAUCAUUCUAACAUUUUGGUCACCUUAAAUUUGUGUAUUACCGGUAGUAAUAUUCUUAGUUAACCUCCGAGUUAAACACAAUGACAUGAAUAGCACGGCCUACACACAUCAUUUACCAAGUUCAAGGUCUAAGGGAGAUUUUUUUAUUUUUUAAAAAAAUUUUUUUUUGGGGGGUUUGUAUCAACAAACACCGCAUUAGUUGCUGGUAUAACAUUUAAUCCGCUAUCUUAAAAAAUAAGAUAUGAUGAGAUAGGAUAAGCGUCUUUAUUGAUCCGAAUAAAUGGACAUAUUUUUUGAUGACAUUGAAUAUUCAUUUUCAGCGUAUAAAUAAUUGCCUAUUUUAACUAAGACACCAUUUAAAAAUUAUAAUAAUUUAAACUCAGGAGAUUGCCUACAGUAAUUUAUAGUCUCUGACGUAGGUGUGAUAAGUGCCGCCAGGGGCGAACUAUCUGCAGUGGGCCGAAAAUGUCACCCUUAAUAGAAAGAAAAAAGUGCCACCCCUUCACACCCACUUCACACCCCUUUAAACGCCAACGUAUAUAGUUUAAUGGGACAUAACGUUUGUAUCAAUUCAAAUCUGAAGGAAAAAAAUGUUUUGAUUUUUUGUAGUUUUAAGGGAUGUAACUGUAAUAUCACCAGAAUUAAGUAGCUUAGCUUUUUUUUGUUAACUCCCUCUAAGUAAGACACUUGAUAUUAUAUAAUGUUAAAGCCUUACAUAACUGUUUGAAUUCAUGACUGAAAUAUCUUAUGUGUAAUGUGUUUGUGUGUACAAUUUUUCUAAUACCUGGUUGAUACACCAUCAGCUAUCAUGAGUUAGCUGUAUGUGUUCAAUCUGUCUGGACCAGGCCAUGUCUAAUCCGUCUGACCCAGGCCAUGUCUAAUCUGUCUGACCCAGGCCAUGUCUAAUCUGUUAAGCCCAGACCAUGUCUAAUCUGUAUGGCCCUCCUUAAUCCACUCCCUUUCUUUAAUGGUACUUUCUCCCAGACUCAUCCACCAUAAUAUAUGAUAAAGCUGUAAAGUUGUAUAUGUCAUUGUAUCUGUCGUUGAAUGUUCUGUUCAGAGUUGUAGAUUUGCCACAUCUUUUUUUCCUUCAUAGCAACAAGUUUUGAGGAGGGAGCCCCUUUCAGCACAUGUCUGACCAGAUACCCCAAACAUGAAACAUCACAGCAGACUUCAACCGCACCUUAUGACAUAACUUUUUCUCCAUCAUCCUACAAUCCAAAUGAUCUAAUCAAAGGUAUUUUGAUAUUUUCCUAUUCACAGUUCUAGUCUGUAUGGCAGCGUAGACUAAUAAUCUGAUAGGCUUAAAAAUAUUAUUUAGUUUUUAAUUUACCAUUUCAAUAGUCAUCAAAAUAAUUUUAAAGCAAAUGGCAAUGAAAUGACUCAAAAUAAAAAAAAUAUCAAAUAUCAUAAUAUCAAAAUAUUCUAAACAUCAAAAUAUCAAAUACCAAAUUAUUCUAAAUUAUUUCAGAAUGUCACAAAAUUAUAAAUAUCAAAUAUUAAAAUAUCACAAUGUCACAAUAUUCCAAAUGUUAAAUAUCAAUAUAUCAGAAGAUCAGAAUAUUCUUAAUGAAUCAACUGGGAUGAACAAAAAGAGCAUCUUCUUAUAACUGGAAGUCACCGUUUAUUUUUUUAUCAAAGGCUCUUGAUGAAACGAUGCACUUACUCCUGAUAUCUUGGAGCCGCUUGACCAUCGGUCAGUGUCUCUGCUUACAUAGAGCUGUUGUUGUAUUUGUUCAUCUCAAUUCACAGUCAAUGUCACCAGUAGGAAUAACAUGAGGAUCAAAGGUAUCCAGAUGGCUGCCUUUCGUGCCGGGAGAAAUAGUGAAGAAGUUUUAGGACAAUUCACAGAUUUUCCAAUAAACAAAAUUAAGGCCUUCACUUGUUUUGGAAGUUACAAGGUAACAUUAUACAAAAUUAUUUCACAAGAAAAGAACAUAUUUUACCUAUUUAAUAAAUUUAUCUUAAGAUAAAUAGUUAUAAUUCAAAUACAAACUAUAUUUUGUUAAAUAAAAAUAUAAUUUUGAGAUUCAGUUAUUAAAUGAAUAAUUUCCCAAAUCAAGAAAUUUUCAUUUAUUAUAGAAGCAUUGCUUAAAUCUCCCUUUUUAAAAAAAAAUAUAUGUUUUAUAUUAUGUCAUCAAACAGAACAACAUGAUCACACAUAACAAUGAUGGAAAGAUAUUUCAUCUGGAGUUGACAUGGAAGGCACCAGCUGACAAUGUGGGGGAUAUCGUCUUCAAGUAGGUCAAAUCAGAUACUUAGGACAUGUUAAAACUUGGUUGUGUUAAAAAUAUUGAAAUUGGGAUUUGUGAUAAAUUCAUUUGCAUCUCAUUUUUUCUCACCUAAUAUGGUGACAUAUUAAUUAUGCCAAGGAUUUCUUUAAUAAUUUCUAGGAAAAAAAUUAUGAUCAUUGUUUUCUUAUUAAUUUCUAGAACAACGAUUGUCGAAGAUUACGAAGUAUUUUGGGUGGAUAUCCCCAGCAAGCUAUUUGCUGCAAACUCAACUGCUCCUGUCAUAGCAUCACAAUAUCCGGUAAGUUAUGAGAUUCUGGUAGUGAAAUAUUUAGGUCAUGAGAUUCUAGUAGUUAAAUACUUAUGUCAUUAGAUUCUGAUGGUGGAAUAUUUAGGUCAUGACAUUCUGGUAAUCAUUAGUCAUUCAUAUAUUUAAUGAGAACGCAACUCCAAUUUUGAUCUGACUAUUUGAUUAAAAGAAAAUCACCCAUAUUUCCAGAUUGUCUCCCCAUCUCCCCUGGUGCACAACAUUGACUUCUCUAACUGCGGCAACUCAAAGGGAUGUUUCCUGUAUCCGUCAAGCUGUUCUGGAGAUGACUGUGUUGUGGCAGUGACCUUUGAUUAUAACACAACAACUGACAGCUACUCGGUUGAACUCACUUCAAACUCUGACCAGAAUUAUGUGGCAUUGGGCUUCUCAGAUGACAGAUUAAUGGUAGGGCAAAAUUAGGUUCUGGAUGUUCGACCAAUGGUUUGUCACUUGGGUAUUUGUCGACAGAGCAUUGGCUGGAUAUUUUGGUUAUGUGAGAUUGUAGAAUUAUGUUAAUACAUUUUAUUCCACAUCCUUAAACUAUUUUUUUUUGGAAAUACUAUAACACAAAACCAUUUACAUGUUUGUUAAUUAUGUGCUGAAAUAAAAAUAUACGUACUUGGAGUUGAGCUGGUUUCAAUUAAAUAUGUUGAAAAAAUGUUGGAGGGAACUCUAAAAUACCCAAUGGCACAUACACAGAAAUCAUUUAAUGUAAUACAUAUCCCCCCCCCUAUUAUCUAUGAGUUUUCAGACUCUGACACAGACUAAUUUGUCUUGUAUUAAGAAUUUAAUUUUUCUACUAGGGUCAAGAAGAGACAAUUUCAUGUAUCAGUGCCUCAGCAGGUUUAAACAUUCAACAUGGAUACAACCCUGCUUAUUUUAAUGAUCGAAAACUGACGGUACGGACCUUUCAAUAAAUAUUAUUUACAAUUUAAUAUUAGCAUUUUAUUCAAUUAUUUUAAUGUAGCAUCAAAAUAUUUCCUGUCGUGAAAAUGUUUUUACUCUUUCACAAAAUAUACAUUCCCAAUAAAUUUGUUUUCACUCUGAUUGUAAAAUAUUUUAUUUUUUAAAAACUGUUCAUGGGACAUUUAAUUUUCAGAUGUUUGUUACUGGUGUAGAAAUUAAAGAUGCUGAUGGACGUCUCCAAUGUCGCUUUAUUCUGCCAAAGACUAGCAAAGUGUAUUUGAUAAAGCAACAGGCAGCAGCCUUUGAAUAUUCUAACAAGACAUUUGACCAUUCAAACAACUGGUAUCUACAAGUUGCCUGGGGUAGUGUAAUGCAGGGUAAGGGCCUUUGACUAUUCAAAGAAGGCAUUUGAAUGUUUAAAUAAUUGGUACCUACAAAUUGUCUGGGGUUGUUUAAUGCACAAUAAGAUAAGCUAACUUCUCUCUAUAACUGCAUCAAACUCUUUAAAAUAAAAUAAAAUAAAAGAUAAUCAAUUUGUAAUCAUUGGUUUGGUUAAAUUUCCUAACUGUACCUCAGACUCUCCCAUUCACCCCCUGUCCUAACUCUGUACCUCAGACUGUCCCAUCCAUCCCAUGUCCUAACUCUGUACCUCAGACUGUCCUAUCCAUCCCAUGUCCUAACUCUGUACCUCAGACUGUCCUAUCCAUCCCAUGUCCUAACUCUGUACCUCAGACUGUCCCAUCCAUCCCAUGUCCUAACUCUGUACCUCAGACUGUCCUAUCUAUCCCAUGUCCUAACUCUGUACCUCAGACUGUCCCAUCCAUCCCAUGUCCUAACUCUGUACCUCAGACUGUCCUAUCCAUCCCAUGUCCUAACUCUGUACCUCAGACUGUCCCAUCCAUCCCAUGUCCUAACUCUGUACCUCAGACUGUCCUAUCCAUCCCAUGUCCUAACUCUGUACCUCAGACUGUCCCAUCCAUCCCAUGUCCUAACUCUGUACCUCAGACUGUCCCAUCCAUCCCAUGUCCUAACUCUGUACCUCAGACUGUCCCAUCCAUCCCAUGUCCUAACUCUGUACCUCAGACUGUCCUAUCCAUCCCAUGUCCUAACUCUGUACCUCAGACUGUCCCAUCCAUCCCAAUCCAUCCCAUGUCCUAACUCUGUACCUCAGACUGUCCCAUCCAUCCCAUGUCCUAACUCUGUACCUCAGACUGUCCUAUCCAUCCCAUGUCCUAACUCUGUACCUCAGACUGUCCCAUCCAUCCCAUGUCCUAACUCUGUACCUCAGACUGUCCUAUCCAACCCAUGUCUUAACUCUGUACCUCAGACUGUCCCAUCCAUAUCUUGCAACUUCUGUACAUGAAUAUUUCAUUGCAUAAUUGGCCAGAUAAGCCAUCUGACAGACUCAGCCCCAUUAAAAAUCUAAUGUUUAAAAGGGUCAUGAUCAAUUUUCAAGGGACGAACUAACAUAAAUUUUAUAAAUUUUAAAGGAGGUUAAGUUCUGAAAUUUGGUUUUAUAGAUAAUGUUAAAAACUUACUUUUUAAAACAAUUGUAGCUUUAUUCUUCUUUGACUAGAUACAGUUUAAAAAAAAAAAAAAAUAUGGUUUCAAAUGUUAUUUUGUACUAAUUUAAAGCUUACAUUUCAUUUAAAUAUAUUUUUCUACUUUUAUUUUUUUAUUUUUAAAUAAUUUAUACAUUCAAUUUGUGAGCUGCUUCAACAAUCAAGUUAUGGGGAGGUAUCGUCAGUUGUGGGGUGGCAAGGCCACCUAUGGGGAAGCAAUGUCAAUCAUGGGGAGGUAAUGCAACUUAUAGUGAGACAAUGUCCCUUAUGGUUCUGUGGUUCUGGUUCUGGUUGUGUUCGUUGCUGCAUCGAUGAAAUGCCACCUAUAGCGUAGCAAUGUCAAUCAUGGGGAGGCAAUGUCUGUUAUGUUCAAUGAACUGUAACUAAAACCUGACUUCAGACUUGUAACAAUCUUCCAGGGUCAGAUGUGAUGGCCAAACACAAGGUGAUGCCACCUGUCUCCUUUGACAAGAUUAAUUUGAAAGAUAAAAGCAUUUUCCGAGGCUCAUCCUACGGAUAUUUGGUUAAAGCCCAUGGUGAGUGUCUUGCAUUGAAAGAUUUAGUCAAUUAUAAUGUUGAUUUCUACACCAGUCAUUCCCAGGUCAUGUCUUCUUAAUUCUUGCCAUAAAGAUUUUAUGUGACUAUUUAUGAUGACUAUUGACUUACAUAUUAAAUAUGACUACGGUUCAUGGUGACUCUUGAUUUACAGAUUUCAUAUGACUAUGGUUCAUGAUGACUCUUGAUUUACAGAUUUCAUAUGACUAUGGUUCAUGAUGACUCUUGACUUAGAUAUUUCAUAUGACUGCCGUUUUUUAUGACUCUCGCCUUAUGGCAUCUGCUCAAGCACAUUCUGUAAUGCAUAUGUUUGUGUCCGAUCUUACUAGCACAGAUCUCCACACUGUGGACUUUGACAUAUUACAACCAGUUUCUUCAUUAAUGUGAUUGAAAUUGAACAAGCUUUUGAUAGUGCUUUAAGAGAAACUUUCGGUAAACUCUUGAAUCACUUUCAGUCACUAUCACUAUAUGUCACUAUCUGUCAUCACUAUCUGUCACUAUCACUAUCUGGCACCAUUAGUUUCACUAUUGUGCUGUCACUUUCAUGAUCUGUCACUAUCUGUCAUUAUUCUGUCUCUAUCAGUUUCACUAUCUGUCACUAUCAGUUUCACUAUCUGUCACUAUCAGUUGCACUAUCUGUCACUAUCACUAAGUAUUUCACAAAAUAAAACUAAUUGAUUUAAAAACAAGUAAAUACACAAUGUGAGCUGCAUUUUAUAUGUGAGGAAAACUAACAGAGUCUACUAUCACCAGUAUAAUCACUUUUUAUAAGCAGUUAGAAUACCUAGAUUUUGUAGAUGACAUCUCUAUUAUCCCAAAGGCAUAAAAAAUAUAUGAGACAUAAAUAAAUACAAGACAUAAAAGACAUCAACUAAUACAAGACAUAAUUGAUUUAAAAACAAGUAAAUACACAAUAUGAGUUGCAUUUUAUAUGUGAGGAAAACUAACAAGACAUCAACAAAUACUAGAUAUAAACAAAUACAAGACAAAAACAAAUACUAGACAUAAACAAAUACUAGACAUAAACAAAUACUAGACAUAAACAAAUACUAAGACAUAAACAAAUACUAGACAUGAACAGAUACACAACAAAAGUGCCAAAUUUGAUUCAAUUUGAAGACAGAUUGGACUUGCAAUAAAUGAAAACAUAUUAAAUUAUGAGAAUAAUUGCAAAUAGCCCAGGAGUUGUAAGCAGAAAAGCAAAGCACCAAGAGAAAUGAGCGAAACAAUGUAUGAGGAAACCUGAAGAAAGAAGCAAGAAAACGAAAAACAUGUUGGCAAGAAGCUUUCUGCAGCAAAAAAACCCCAGUAAAAACAAUAUAAAAUUAAAAAUAAACACUUAGAUGCAAUGUAGUAUCUGAGAGGACAACAAGAGGACAGCAAGAACAAUCCACAUGUUGGCUGGUUUUUUUUUUUUUUGCAUAAUUUUUUUCAGGUUUUCUCAUACUUUGAUUAGCUCAUUUCCUUUUACCUUAUCUGAUUGCACUCUCUCUCCCUAGUUAUCAUAGAAAACUUUAACUAUCUUUGAAGAAAGUUAGUAAAGAUGGAGGACCAGAGGCAUAUUAUGAUAGUAAGGCAAGAAUACAGAUGUGAAGAGGACUGAGGAGCUUUUGCCUUAAUAAAAAAUAUUUGAGUUUAAUCUGCUGUAUGGCUUUAAAAAAAUCUGAGAUCAACCAAGAGUUGGAAAGAGUUAGAGAGAAAUAGCUAGACACAGGAAGGUUUGGGAGAAAUAGCUAGACACAGGAAGGCUUGGGAAGAUAUUGUUCGUGGCCAAGCUCCAUUGGGAAGGCAAAGAUGAAGAUGACUUCAAGAGCAGAUUAACCUACUAGUUGAGGCCUACAUAGAGUGCACAUCACUAGUUGAGGCAUACAAAUGGUGCACAUCACUAGUUGAGGCCUAAAUAGAGUGCACAUCACUAGUUGAGGCAUACAAAUGGUGCACAUCACUAGUUGAGGCACACAAAUGGUGCACAUCAGUAGUUGCGGCAUACAAAUGGUGCACAUCACUAGUUGAGGCCUAAAUAGAGUGCAAAUCACUAGUUGAGGCCUACAUAGAGUGCAUAUUGCCAGUUGAGGCCUACACAGAGUGCAAAUCAGUCUAACAACAUAGUUAUAAGGACAGUGAACAUUGAACCUAGUAAACUGAUAUGAUUAUAAAACACUGGUCUUUUAAAACAGGACUGAUGAAUUAUUUAAACCUUAUAUUUGGAAAAGAAGUCAGAAGAGCACGUUUAAAUGUAUAAUGCUCUCUAUAUGAAUGUGCUCAAUAUGGAUACAAGAUGCAUGUGUCAUCACAUUAAAAUUUACCUGCACAGGUGUCUGAAUGAUGAUUUCUACCUUCACAGGUGCCUUAAUGAUGAUUGCUUGGAUGUUUAUAACUGGUGUUAUCACAGUCAUCUCUAGACAUUACAGGGAAUGGCUGCCCAGAACCAGAUGGUUUGGUACCAAAGUUUGGUUUCAGGUCAGUAGUGUUGAGUGUGAUAAGUCUAAACAUAUCUGUUUGUUUCCAUUAGCCAUAGAGGUUUAAACAAGUCUGUUUGUUUCCAUUAGUCAUAGAGGUUUAAACAUGUCUGAUUGUUUCCAUUAGCCUUAGAAGUCUAAAUAUGUCUGGGUUGUUUAGUAGAAGACUAAACAUGUUUAGCUUGUUGGUUGCUGCACUCCUCAAAGCAUUUCCUGUAGUAGAAACUAGAGAAAAUGUUUUAUUCUCACAUAUUUAACAUUGUUCUUCAAAUAUAAUUAUUAUAUUUUAUAUAAAAAUCUAUUUCUUACACCUUUGUUCUGAGUUAUUAACCUAAUGAUCUGAAGAUUACAGUUUUAAAAUGCCAAAAUAUUCAACUUGGAGUUAAUUUUUUUUUUAAAUAAUUGUUAAUUGAAUAUUUAUUUCUAGGUUCACCGAGCCCUGGCCAUCCUGGUGGUUGUCUUGACAGCUCUGGGACUGGUUGUUGUAUUUGCUGAGUAUGGAGCUGAAAUAAGGGAGGUAAAUAUCUCAUCAAAAUACAUUACUUUCAAAUAAAAAUUAGGGUACUCCAACAUCACAUAUAAUAAUUGGUAUAUUAAUUAUAUGUUUUUCAUACAUUUUAUAAAUAUUUACUGUUAUGGAACUAUUCAUUCUCAAUGACAUUAACCUACACCCUAUUCAUCACCCACCCCAAGACCCAUGCUAUGACCCACCCCAAGACCCAUGCUAUGACCCACCCCAUGACCCACGUCAUCACCCACCCAUGACCCAUGCUAUGACCCGCACUACUUUCAAGCCAUAAAUUUCUGGUUUAAAAUGCCAUAUUUUGUUGCAGAGUUCCAUCCCCCAUUCUGUGAUUGGUCUCAUUGUGACUGGACUUGUUGGCAUACAACUUAUAGCUGGCAUGCUGCGGCCAGGUCCUGAGGAUAAGUUGAGAGUCUACUUUAAUUGGGGGCACAGAGUAAUGGGACAACUGACCCAUUUGUUAGCUGGUAAGCACAACCCUCAUUUUUAAUUUUUGUUUAAAAAAUUAUUUUUACAACCAUCACAUUCUUUUUCUAAGCUAAUACUGAUUUCCUUUUCAUUUUACUAAUAAAAUAAAAUGAUACAUUUUUUUCUUCAAUUUUUAUUUACUGACAAAAAACCUUUGUUGUUUUGUGUUAUAGCUGUUACCAUGUUCUUGGCCUUCGGAAUGGAAACCACUUUAGAAGAAAUGAAGACUUUUGGAUUUAUUGUACUGAGUAUUUGGCUAGUUGGCCAGGUGGUAUGGCACAUCAUCUUUGAAUUCCUUAGCUUUAGAGGUCAGUAUACCAGUAGGUAGUCUACAUUAAAUUAUCAGAAAAAUGAAGGUUCUAUUGUUAUUGGGUCAGUGGUCUAAACUAUGUCAAUCACAAGCCAGUGGGCAGGAAUUCAAUCCCCAACAAGAUAAGCAAACAUAUCACCAGCUCCCUGAGUGGAUGGCACUUUUAAACCCUGGAUGGAAACUUAUCUAAGAGAAGGCAAACUCUGGAAUCAAACCACGAGAUGGUGUCUAGUCUUGUAGCUGCUAUGACAGUGACAUAAUGAAAAUUCCAAUAACUUCUGUGAUGUAGAAUAAAUAAAGAACAUAGUAAAAGAUGCAAGACACCCUGCUGGUCAUCUACUGCAUCCUCAUCCUCAUGUCCCGUAGUCCUUGGACCGUUGGGGCGCCACAGAUGACAUGUGAACCAUUCUCCUCCAUUCCUCUCUGUCUUCAGCACUCUGCACUGCAUCGCCCAGUGUUAGUCCUGUCCACUCUUUGAUGUUAUCCUCCCACCUUUUUCUUUGUCUUUCUCUUCUUCUCCCUCCUCUUGUGGUGCCCUGCAAUAUUUCUUUGUCAAGCCCUUGUUUCCUUAUUACAUGGCCGUAACAUUGUAAUUUGCGUUUUUUCACAGUCACCAGUAGGUCAUCGUACUCCCCAAUUGCCUGACGAACCCUUUCUUUCACUGUACCAUUGGAGAUAUGGUCACUAUAGCAGAUGCCAAAAAUGCUUCUGAAGCAUCUCAUCUCCAUCGCCUUUAUUUUCAUUUCAAGAUCGUCUGUUAAUGUCCAGGAUUCGCAGGCAUACAGGAAAAUGGAGAGGACUAAUGAACGCAUCAGCCUGAUUUUGGUGCUGGGAGCUAUAUUUUUGUCAAUCCAUAUUUUCUUGAGCUUUUUUAGUGCUGUUGUAGUCUGCGCAAUCCUGGAUAUCAGUUCGGGCUUGGAGCCUUCUUCUGAGACUAUUGCUCCUAGGUAUUUGAAGCGGCCGACAGUCUCUAAUCUUUUCUUCCCCACCUUAAUUUCAGCUACUGCAUCCUGAUCUAUUUCCUGUCACCUUGACCUACUGGUCAUCUACUGCAUACUGGUCUGUUUCCUGUAACCUUGACUUGCUGAUCAUCUACUGCAUCUUGAUCUAUUUCCUGUCACCUUGACCUGCUGGUCAUCUUCUGCAUCCUGAUCUAUUUCUUGUCACCUUGACCUGCUGGUCAUCUACUGCAUCCUGAUCUAUUUCCUGUCACCUUGAUCUGCUGGUCAUCUACUUCAUCCUGAUCUAUUUCAUGUCACCUUAACCUGCUGGUCAUCUACUUCAUCCUGGUCUAUUACCUGUCACCUUGACCUGCUGGUCAUCUACUGCAUCCUGAUCUAUUUCCUGUCACCUUGAUCUGCUGGUCAUCUACUGCAUCCUGAUCUAUUUUCUGUCACCUGACCUACUGGUCAUCUACUGCAUCCUGAUCUAUUUCCUGUCACCUUAACCUGCUGGUCAUUUACUGCAUCCUGAUCAAUUUCCUGUCACCUUGAUCUGCUGGUCAUCUACUGCAUCCUGAUCUAUUUCCUAUCACCUUAACCCUCUGGUCAUCUACUGCAUCCUGAUCUAUUUCCUGUCACCUUAACCUGCUGGUCAUCUACUGCAUCCUGAUCUAUUCCCUGUCACCUUGACCUGCUGGUCAUCUACUGCAUCCUGAUCUAUUUCCUGUCACCUUGAUCUGCUGGUCAUCUACUGCAUCCUGGUCUAUUUCCUGUCACCUUGAUCUGCUGGUCAUCUACUUCAUCCUGGUCUAUUUCCUGUCACCUUGACCUGCUGGUCAUCUACUUCAUCCUGGUCUAUUUCCUGUCAUCUUGAUCUGCUGGUCAUCUACUUCAUCCUGGUCUAUUUCCUGUCACCUUGACCUGCUGGUCAUCUACUGCAUCCUGAUCUAUUUCCUGUCACCUUGACCUGCUGGUCAUCUACUGCAUCCUGAUCUAUUUCCUGUCACCUUGACCUACUGGUCAUCUACUGCAUACUGGUCUGUUUCCUGUAACCUUGACUUGCUGAUCAUCUACUGCAUCCUGGUGUAUUUCCUGUCACCUUGAUCUCCUGGUCAUCUACUUCAUCCUGGUCUAUUUCCUGUCACCUUGACCUGCUGGUCAUCUACUGCAUCCUGGUCUAUUUCCUGUCAUCUUGAUCUGCUGGUCAUCUACUUCAUCCUGGUCUAUUUGCUAUCAGCUUGACCUGCUGGUCAUCUACUGCAUGCUGAUCUAUUUCCUGUCACCUUGACCUGCUGGUCAUCUACUUCAUCCUGGUCUAUUUCCUGUCACCUUGACCUGCUGGUCAUCUACUUCAUCCUGGUCUAUUUCCUGUCACCUUGACCUGCUGGUCAUCUACUGCAUCCUGAUCUAUUUCCUGUCACCUUGAUCUGCUGGUCAUCUACUGCAUCCUGAUCUAUUUCCUGUCACCUUGACCUGCUGGUCAUCUACUGCAUCCUGAUCUAUUCCCUGUCACCUUGACCUGCUGGUCAUCUACUGCAUCCUGAUCUAUUUCCUGUCACCUUGAUCUGCUGGUCAUCUACUGCAUCCUGAUCUAUUUCCUGUCACCUUGAUCUGCUGGUCAUCUACUUCAUCCUGAUCUAUUUCCUGUCACCUUGACCUGCUGGUCAUCUACUGCAUCCUGAUCUAUUCCCUGUCACCUUGACCUGCUGGUCAUCUUUUGCAUCCUGAUCUAUUUCCUGUCACCUUGAUCUGCUGGUCAUCUACUGCAUCCUGAUCUAUUUCCUGUCACCUUGAUCUGCUGGUCAUCUACUGCAUCCUGAUCUAUUCCCUGUCACCUUGACCUGCUGGUCAUCUACUGCAUCCUGAUCUAUUUCCUGUCACCUUGACCUACUGGUCAUCUACUGCAUCCUGAUCUUUUUCCUGUCACCUUGAUCCGCUGGUCAUCUACUGCAUCCUGAUCUAUUUCCUGUCACCUUGAUCUGCUGGUCAUCUACUGCAUCCUGAUCUAUUUCCUGUCACCUUAACCUGCUGGUCAUCUACUGCAUCCUGAUCUAUUUCCUGUCACCUUAACCUGCUGGUCAUCUACUGCAUCUUGAUCUAUUCCCUGUCACCUUGACCUGCUGGUCAUCUACUGCAUCCUGAUCUAUUUCCUGUCACCUUGAUCUGCUGGUCAUCUACUGCAUCCUGAUCUAUUUCCUGUCACCUUGAUCUGCUGGUCAUCUACUUCAUCCUGGUCUAUUUCCUGUCACCUUGAUCUCCUGGUCAUCUACUUCAUCCUGGUCUAUUUCCUGUCACCUUGAUCUCCUGGUCAUCUACUUCAUCCUGGUCUAUUUCCUGUCACCUUGACCUGCUGGUCAUCUACUUCAUCCUGGUCUAUUUCCUGUCAUCUUGAUCUGCUGGUCAUCUACUGCAUCCUGGUCUAUUUCCUAUCACCUUUACCUGCUGGUCAUCUACUUCAUCCUGGUCUAUUUCCUGUCACCUUGACCUGCUGGUCAUCUACUGCAUCCGCAUCUAUUUCCUGUCACCUUAACCUGCUGGUCAUCUACUGCAUCCUGGUCUAUUUCCUGUCACCUUGAUCUGCUGGUCAUCUACUUCAUCCUGGUCUAUUUCAUGUCACCUUGACCUGCUGGUCAUCUACUGCAUCCUGAUCUAUUUCCUGUCACCUUGACCUGCUGGUCAUCUACUGCAUCCUGAUCUAUUUCUUGUCACCUUAACCUGCUGGUCAUCUACUGCAUCCUGGUCUAUUUCCUGUCACCUUGACCUGCUGGUCAUCUACUGCAUCCUGAUCUAUUUCCUGUCACCUUAACCUGCUGGUCAUCUACUGCAUCCUGGUCUAUUUCCUGUCACCUUGACUAGGUCUUGGCAUUGAAACAAUUAGCCAAGGAUGAGAGAGUGAGGCUGACAAAUUGAGCAGUUCUCCUUCACUUAAAACAAAAUACGGCUUAAUUCAAGGUUAUUUAUUUUAAUAUUGCCUUGGUCAUUCUCACAUGUGAAGGCAAACAAUAAUUAUAGUACAGAAUAUACCAGAAUAGUUUAGGUUUGAGGUCUGUAUAACAUAUAUAAAAGAAAUUAUAUGGAUCUUGUAUUUCUUUUUCUUUAGGGAAAUUUUGUCUCUACAGCUAACAUUUUAUCAAAAUAUUAUUAUUUAAAUUUGCUGGUUUAAUUUUUUUUGUUUAAUCAAACGGUAGACAAUAAAAAUUAAAUAGCUUUUGAUUUUGUAUAAGUACUUUGUAUCCUUGAACAUUGAAACAUUGGUUAUUUCCCUUCUCACAUCAGGUAAGCCCCUUAAUGCCACUGAUGACAAGGGCGACACAGACAAAGACAAGAAGAACAAAGCCUCUAAACUACUUUCUUAUCUUUUAAUAGUUUAUGUUGUUUUCCUUGCUGCACUAUGUAUUGCAGGAUUGGCAGCAUUUCUCAUUUAUUAAUACAUAAAUAUUAUAAUUAUCUCUGCAUUGUCACACUUCACGGUUUUAUUGUCUAUAAACUUGUUGUAAUUAUAUUUUUCAAUUACCACAAUCAAAAUGCCAUCUUAGUUUCAGCAAAAAGAGAACAAUAUGAAAAAUAUAAACUUUUACUUUGCUACUCAAAUAUUUUUUUAUCAAAAAGAUGUGAGAUAUUUAGGUAAACAAAUAAUAUAUAGAAUUUAUUUCAAGUUUCAUACAUGUAAAAACCAUUAUUCUUAAGGUGUGAUAACAUGUGCGGACCACCCCAUAAUUCAAUAUUGCAAAGUGAUAAUUAUUAAAUUUCGUUUCAUUUUUUAAUGCUCUAAACUUGUAAUGUAAAAUAUAAUAAGCAUUAAAUGACAUAUUUACACUGAGCAUUCUUUAAAAGACCUACUGUCACUUACAGUCUUGCAUGUCAACAUUAGACCUACUGUCACUUACAGUCUUGCAUGUCAACAUUAGACCUACUGUCACUUACAGUCUUGCAUGUCAACAUUAUGGUAUUUAUUUUAAUCAGCUGAAAUCUUUCUUAAAUGUAUUUGUUAAAAACUAUUUAAUUUUUUUCCGCUUGCGUUGGGGGCUUAAACGUAAAUGAAAGAAAGCAAAUUAAGAUAUCAGACAUAAAUAUUUUUGUCUUCAUUCAUGAGGCCGUUAAAUUUCAAUGUUUGAGUUAAUUAAUUUUUUUAAUGGAUUAGUUACAUUAAAAUAUAAACAAUGAACCUGAAAAAGUCCAAAUAUAUUUUUACUUGACAUAAAAUAAUUAAGGGUAAAGUUAUUCCAAGGUCGCCAUACUCAUAAUUAAUUUCUUAUUACUGUUUUUUUUUAUAUAUUUUUUUUUUUAAUAUUAUGAUUCAUUAUAAUAAUUCUAUACUAAGUAUAUUUUAAUUUUUAUUAAAUAUUAUAUGAUAUUUAUUUAAUUUGUUUUUUUGCCUAGUGCAUAUUGUGAAUUUAAUUAUGAAACUUGCUUUGAAACCAGAAGGCACAAACAAAAAUAGCUGCCAAUGGUUACUUAGCAAUAAAGGGUUAGAAAAUAUCCUUUUUUAUUUAAAAAGAUGAAAAAUGUCUUAAUUUUAUAUUUUUAUAAUUUAGCAAAUGAACACAGACAUGUAUCAUGUAUAACAUCUGACACUGAUUUGUUAACUCUAACCACAUGAUCAAACUCAUUAAUUACACAGUCCUCAUCAAAAUAACUACAGGAAUUCACUAUACUUAAUACUAAUACCUGGUUUAUCUGCCCCUGUGCCACCUCUACUUAUAAUAAAUAUGUUGUAUGCCUAAGAUUAUGCUGUGAAAACGUUUUAAGUAGACCAGAUAAUUAUUGGAUAUAAAGAUGUAUGUGAAGAAAAUCAUUGCUGAUGUGUAGAAGAAAAUUUGUAAUGAAUAAAGUGCCAUAAUUUUUUCCUCAAUGUCAUGCUUUCACUAGUUAUGACAUCAUUGUCCUACUCCUGACUAGAUCUGACCUCAAUGUCACGCUGUUUGCUAGAUCUGACUGGGACACCUUUUAAAUACUGUAACCUGCUCAGAUCUACAGAGCCCUCACAUCUACUCGUAAGGAAAUUUAAAACAUGGUUUUUGGGGAUUAGAAAAGGAGCGAUAAUGUUAUAAAAAAUGUUUUAAUCUUAUGAAACAAAUCUUUAAUAAUAUCUCAAUUAAACAUUCUUGCAAAAUAUAUCAGAAUUUUGAUUGAAAAAGCCGUACACAAAAACCAGUGUACAUUUGGCUCAUGCAGGGAGAAAUCAUUGUUGGUAGUUCAUUGAAAAUGUUAUACAUACAUUUAUAUUUAAAAUAAAAAUAUAAAAAAAAUUAAAUGAUCUGUCCAGUAGCAAUUUAUGACUAAUAGUUAAUUUGUUCAAUAUUUAGUAUGCUCAAUAUUUAGUAUGUUCAGUAUUUAGUUUGUUCAAUAUUUAAUGUAAUGUACAUAGAAGAUAUGUUUUAUGUUCAUGUCUGCCAACGAUGAGUGCACUGAUGUACUUAGUGGAAUGUGAUGUCAAGUGCCUUGAUUGAAGCCCCUGAAACUUUGUCCACUUUCUGUUCAAUUCCAUGAUAUUUUGUUUUGCUUUGUCUUCUUAAAUGUCCUCAUGAACAAACGAGUCAGUCAACUGUUUAAUGUUAAUGUCCUCAUGAACAAACGAGUCAGUAAACUGUUUCAUGUUUACGAUAUAAAUAAAAAUUAAUUUCUUGUUCCUAUCAUCAAUGACAUCUCUUGUUUGUCUUUACAAUAAAUGUCACAAACAAAACAUGUUAAGAUUCC